CUUUAAACUUCAACCAUGGCGGAGGAGAAAACGACUGAUGCUGGUGGCAGAACAGUUCCUGAUUUUGGAAAGAUGUAUCAUGUCAAAGGUGAGCUGAAUUUGCCUUAUUCUGAAGAUUCUGAGCCAGAACCGUUUGAAGUUUGGUACGACCUCGAGGGGAACAGAAGUCGCAUCGACUAUCAUAAUAGUACAGUGUGCACUUUUCUGAUCGGAAACGACUUGGAUUAUGGUGUCAUUUACCAGAUCACACCGUUCAUCCCUGACACUGAUGAAAAUGAUACUAUUAAGUAUUUUCAGCUUAAAGGUACAAAGGAGGAUCCAAUACGUCCACAGUCGGCACUGCCUGAUCUGCAGGGCUUUGAAUUUGAGAAGAUGGAGGAUUGCGCAGGCGUUCAGUGUGAGGUCUGGAAGAAGGUCACACAGGCUGGUCAUAAGAAGAACACAUAUCGUCUGUGGGUCAAACGUCCCGAGGGAAGUGAUUCCCCAGCCGUCCCGUACCACUUUGAGAUGGAGGGCUUUAACACUCUUUUGGAGUCCUAUAAUGACAAAUACAUGAUUGACUACAGUGACUUCAGCUCACAAACUGAAUCGGACAUUUUCACACCCCCUGGAGAAAUGACCUAUGAGGAGUUUCCGGAUCCUCCUGAGGAGCAUCAAAUAUUGGCCAAUCCUCUUCAAGACUUUGUCAGCACCUCCCCUGUUAGCCACGCCCACCGAUUGUUCGGCCCCUUUAAGGAGAAGUUUGAGCGUCAUUAUGAAAGUGAGAAGGAGAACGAGGAGCGCGAGAACAACUUUGUACAUAAUCUUCGGCUUGUGCACUCUGCAAACAGAGCCGGUCUUUCAUACGGUAUCAAUGACUUCGCCGAUUGGUCAAAGGAAGAGAUGACCAAAUACUGUUAAAAUGUUUUAGUUGACUACAUAAACUGUGACUUUGGAAAAUGAAGUAAAUAAACACCUCUCUUAAUUUGAAAUUACAGAGUUUGUAAACAAAGAUGAGAGGAGGUUUAUGUGUUCCAGAAUAGAGAAAGGCUUUUACAAAAUAUUUCUCACACAUUUCUUUGAGUCUGUUGCCAGUGAAUGUAUUAACAAAUAGCUCAACUAACUUAAACUGUCCUCUGAUGAGAAGAGUGGUAUUUUCAUCUUUUUUUUUUUAUAACUGCAACACUGAAUCGAUAAUGAAAAUAAUCUGUGAUUGAUUUAAUUAUCGAUUAGUCACGUCUGUGCACGGAAAGCAUCCACCAAUCAUGUCAAAUCGCAGCAGUGAAUAACUCAUUUCUAUGAACAGUACACGUCUAAAACAUCAAAAACACAGAAUUAGCUGCUGCGGGAAAACUGCACAUCCCAAGUUGUCAUAAACUUAAGAAUGCUUUAUAUUAAAUGCUUCAAACAAAUAACGCUAAACGCAGCUCGCUUUGGCAGAUCCGUGUGUUGAUUAAAGUUUUAAAGAAGUGUUUUCUCCAGCGCAUGAUUUACAUUUUAUGUUUAUAUCAUUAUUUGUAAAUGUUCGAAAGCCACGCGAGUAUUUCCAUUUUGCAUAAAGGCUUGUCAUGACAGCAAGCGAGUGUCCGUUAAACUUCACAGACUUCACUGAAGGAGCGUCAAACAACUGAGCGCAACAAUGGAAGUGCAAUAAUUCUGAUGAAAAUAUACAUUUUGCUGCUUUAAUUAUGCAUUUUGUUGGACAUUAAAUGUAUGUUUGAAAUGUUACAUGUAACACUACUAACUUUUUUAUGAAAGCAGUUGCUGUAAAGGGAAUGGAGUAUAAAUGUAGUGUAGGCCUACUACUCCUAUUACUAUCAUAUGAAUAAGUGUAUGUUUAAUAUGUGCUUUUGUUUUUCUUCAUUACUGCAGGUUUUGGAAUGUAAUGUUUAUCUUUGAACCUCUUUUGCACAAUGUAUGGCAUAGCCUAAAUUUUGCUUUUAUAGCCUUAAAUUUAUUGUUUUAAGGACAACAUUGAGUAAGAUGUGGAAUAACUUUUUUGUUUUAAUUAAAACACUGAAAAUAAAAUAUGGCUUUUUUAAAUCCAAUUAUUUGAAGACAUAAUAAACAGAUUAAUCAAUUAUCAAAAUCACUGUUAAAUGCAGCCCCACAUCUUUUUCUAAAUCAUCUUUUGAAUAAGUGCAUUUGGUUAAAAUGGAGUAUAUUCAUUUCCAAGUUAUUUUGCAAAAUGUAUCAUUGUCAGUGUAUGGCUUGAAGUCUGUUUGCUUGACAUUUCUAUACUGAUUAAAACAACACUAUGCAAUAAAUAAGUUCUGAUAUUGAUAA